AUGGAUGAGGAGAACAGACAAGACAACGAAAGACAUUCUAUUGUUCAAAAAGCUAUAGAAGAAAUUGACUUAAACACACCAACACAACAAGUAGUAGAAGAAAUUAAAGAAGAAGAACAACAAAAGCAUGGAAAUGAAAUUCCAGUAGAAACAAUUGAUCACGGUUUAAAUGAAGACUCUUACAUCAAUUUUUCACCAUUUUGGAAAAAGAAAGAUGGAACUAAAAUACCUGAAGGUACUAAAGCUGUUCUUAAAUUAAAUUUAUUGAAUGAAGUAACAGAAUACCUUAAAGUUAAUGAACCAAAAAAAUCAAUUUUACCACGGUUGUCAAUGACUAGAAGACCAAGAAAUAAAAUAUUAUAUGGAUCAACAUUAGGAAGUAUUAGUGAUAUAACAAAGAUUAAUAAAAAUAAAAAAGAAAAAAAACCAAGAAAAGAUUGUGUUUGUGGACUUGAUACUUUAAAAGAAGAAACGAGAAAUAAAAUAUUAAUACUAUUAAAAAAUAUCACUAAAUGUAAUGACCAACAAUUGACUCAAAUCAUUGAUUUUUCUAAUCGUCUUGUUGGUGUUAUUAAUGAAAUUACUAAUAAUGAUCAUUUAUUAACACAAGAAGACCAUCACAUAGAUACAGUAGAUUUAGAACAACAAAUGCCCCCAAUGAUUGAAACACAUCCUGAUAUUCAUAACGACUCUCAAAAAGAUAAAGCUGAUCAAAUUUCACAUCCACUCAAUUAA